UCAUUUUGUCACUGUACCGCCCAAAAAGAGCGAGUUUGCGCUGUCCUCACUAGGAAGUGCGGAGAAUUUUAUGCGCUUUUUUUCAGCUGGGUUGGCUCAUGUCAGCUGGUGGCUAUUUUUUCGUUGUUACAGUUUCAAAAGGCUGCCAUAAAUUGCCACAGCACGGGAUAAUAAUCCGCCAGAGGCGUUACGGCAGAUCUUUGAAAAAUGCCCCGGAGAAAGAGGACCGCUGGCAGCAGCUCGGACGGGACGGAGGACUCGGACUUCUCCGCUGAUGUCGAGCAUGCUGAAGCUGCUGAGAUUGUGCACAGACGCAGCAGCACACGCCUGACUCGCGCGUCUCUGCGACUCAGCCAAAGUUCACAAGAUAACUGCAGCUCUCCUGUAACUGUGGGCUCUGAUGAAGCUCUGGACUCAGCCGUAGAGUCAGCGCCGACAGCUGUUGCAGCAUCAGUCUUCUCCUCUGGGCGCAGGGUCACACGCAGCCAGCAGGGGGCGGCAAACACCACAGCCAAAAAAUACCCACUACGGCAGAGCAGGUCGUCCGGCUCUGACACAGAGGCUCACGUAGACGUCAAACAAGGGGCGGAUCGUGACGAGACCCCUCCUCGCACACCAACAGGCAACGCCCCGUCAUCAGAGUCGGACAUUGAAGUUUCCAGCCCAAGCAACGACCUCGUGUCUUCUAGCAACGACAUUGUAGUUUCACAAGAGGAAGACGAGAGGUUGGCCAAAGAGCUGUCGCUCAAAGAGGCCGCCGCCCACGACCUUUCCCACCGGCCCAAACGACGGCGUUUCCACGAGAGCUACAACUUCAACAUGAAGUGUCCCACACCUGGCUGCAACUCCCUGGGUCAUCUCACAGGGAGGCACGAGAGACAUUUCUCCAUAUCAGGAUGCCCUCUCUACCACAACCUUUCUGCCGACGAAUGCAAGGCCCCUACAGAGCGUCAGCUGCGCUACAAAGAGAAGGUGACAGAGCUGAGGAGGAAGAGGAACACUGGCCUCAAUAAGGAGCAGAAGGAAAAGUACAUGGAGCACCGUCAGAGCCACGGGACGAGCCGCGAGCCUCUGCUGGAGAACAUCACCAGCGACUAUGACCUCGAGCUGUUCAGGAAAGCGCAGGCACGUGCCUCGGACGACCUUGAGAAGCUCCGUCUGGCUGGCCAGGUGUCGGAGGGCAGCAACAUGAUAAAGACCAUCGUGUUUGGACGUUACGAGCUGGACACCUGGUACCACUCUCCAUACCCAGAGGAGUACGCCCGCCUGGGGAGGCUUUACAUGUGCGAGUUCUGCCUCAAGUACAUGAAGAGUCAGACCAUUCUACGCAGUUUGCUGUGCGACUUCUUCACGUUUUGCUUUCUGCAGAUUUACUGUCAGAAUCUGUGUCUGCUGGCAAAACUCUUCCUGGACCACAAGACUCUGUAUUAUGACGUGGAACCGUUCCUGUUCUACGUCAUGACUGAAGCUGACAACACAGGCUGCCACCUCGUCGGAUACUUCUCCAAGGAGAAAAACUCCUUCCUGAACUACAACGUCUCCUGCAUCCUCACCAUGCCGCAGUACAUGAGGCAGGGUUACGGCAAGAUGCUCAUAGACUUCAGUUACCUGUUGUCCAAAGUAGAAGAGAAGGUGGGCUCACCUGAGCGGCCCCUGUCGGACCUGGGACUAAUCAGCUACCGAAGUUACUGGAAGGAGGUGCUGCUGCGCUACCUGAACAACUUUCAGGGCAAGGAGAUUUCCAUCAAAGAGAUCAGCCAGGAAACUGCAGUGAACCCGGUGGAUAUAGUCAGCACGCUGCAGUCCCUCCAGAUGCUUAAAUAUUGGAAGGGGAAGCACCUGGUUUUAAAGAGACAGGACCUUAUUGAUGACUGGAAGGCCAAGGAGACCAAACGUGGUAACAGCAAGACCAUUGACCCCACAGCCUUAAAAUGGACCCCACCCAAAGGGACGUAGAGGAGCUACUAAUACACACACUCCAAAAACACACAGUCACGCACAGAUCCUCCUCUGUACACGGGCAUGCUCACAGACGCUGAGUCUAAACCCUCUCUCUCUAUUGUACGAAACGCUUUCAGCAGCUACAGCGCAGUCACAGACACGGACAGUUGCUACUCUGGGUUCAAGUAACCACAACAUUAGUCCACAGGUAGGAUUCCUGUUAAAAGAAUUGUUUGGACAUUUCCCUAAAAUUUGAAUUAGAAAAAUAAGGAAAAUCCAUAUGAGUCUGGGAAUGACUUCUCACACACUUAACUGUGUGUUAGUAAAAACCCUGAGUUGCCAGGUGUUUAAUAGCAAGCGAUCAGGAACGACGUCCUUCUGAAAGGAAAGCUACAUAAAUAAAAUAUGUAAAGGAAGAGGGCUCAUGAAAAGCAAGAGCGGGAAAACUACAUUUAGAUGUAUCUCGAGCAAUAAGCAGAGAAAGAUUACAGAACAGGUCCUAACAUACAACAUCCAAUACAGUACUCAACACAUUUAUAAAAAGGAAAUAUAAAUUUGCUUUAUUUGUGGCGGGAUGCUGACAAAUUAAAUAAUUAAUUAAUAAUUAAUGAUUCAAAUCUUGUUUUAUUACUCUUUUGAUAGGGGUAGACAUUUUUAUGACAAAGCAACACCAGGGUUGUCGCUGUCUUUUCAUUUUUUGCGAAUUACAUGCUCUAUGCUAAAGCUAGCAACAACAGCUGCUUAAAGUUAGCUGGUUUGUUUGGGCCAAAAGUGGGCAUUUAAAAAAUAAUAUGGUGAAAAAUAGGAAUGAUAUUCAGUCACUAUUUUAAAUAUUUAUUUCCCUGUUCAGGAUGUAGAACAACCCUUAUCUCAUGGCAGCCAAAAUAGCUACACUCCCCUGUAUAGCAUUUUAUAAGCUAGCAAAAACCACUACUAAAGUUAGCUGGUUAAGACUUUCCUGAAAAUGGGCAUUUUGGGAAAAAUGGCAAAAAUAAUACAGAUAUUCAAUAAAACUGAUGAAUAUUUCUUGACUAAACAGUAUUUUAUAAGCUAACUAGCUAGCUAUAAACUAUUGAUGUUGAGUUUAGCUAAUUAGCUUUUGAUUAGCUUUUGCUAUAAAUUCUUUUUUAAAAGUGGGGGAUAACAUGAGAAUGUUAUUCAAUACAAUAUUGAAUGUUGGAUUGUUCUGAUGAAAUGGGCUUUGAGUUUUAUGUGAUUCUUUAACAUUUUCACAAAUGCAGUUAUACAAUAGAACAGACAGGUUUUAUUAUACACCGACCACAGCCACUAUUCAUCUUUAGCUUCUUUUGACGUGUGUAUACGUAGCAUAGCCGCUGAUAGCUUCUUGACCUCAUUUGUUGUCUGCAAAGUGAAGGUAAUCGUGCAUCGUUAGCGCACCUUCUCCCAGACACUUAAUUAGCACGGCGCACCAGGCCCGCUUGCUAAUCCAAUCAGCGGCAUGUGGUAUCAAAUCUGCAGUGCAUUUCAGUCUGUCAUUGAGACAAAAUGCAGGUCGGCAACACUUUGACUCAUGUAAACCUGUUUUUGCAGACCAGCUGGUUGUGAUUAAACAGGACCAUGUCUGGGCUUGCGUGUAAUACUGCCAUCCACAUGAUUAAAUGGAGAGUUUUCAAACAAACUGGAGAAGAAAUAAGGUUGAUCAUUCCUCUGGGACGAGAGAUGAAAUCUAAAGAACAAAAAUGUCCAAAAGUAUCAAACCACAGUGAACAAACAACACUAUGUAAAUUAGUGUUCACAUAUUUGACACAUACACAGGUGGAAAGUAGUGAAAAGUGAUUUGAUCUAACUUAACUUAAUGCAUUUUAUCAACUAGAUGUAUUGAAAAGCUAAUAUGGUUUUAGGUCAGGUGUUUUACCUUAUGGCCUUGUGGCUGUUUGAACCCAGAGCCGAUCAGUAACAGAGCCUCACAUUGUGUCCAGCAUUUAACCCCGUCUCAUCCAUCUCUUGGUUAGCAAAAAGCUAUAGCUGCCACUGGGCCACGUUUGUACCGUCACCAAGGAGGAACCCACCCACGAUGUGUGUUUAUGUGUGUUUUCCGUUUGUUUUUGUAACUCAUGUUUUAAGACUUUUCUCUCAGUUGUGUCUGCAGUUUCAUUUUUUAUCCGUUUAUAGAGUUUGGGAGCUCCUGUGUGCUUUGUUUGGUUUUGUUAAAAGUUCUCAAUGAUUUUCAUACUUUUUCUACCUCUGAGGUUUUACCACUGUAUAAAAAGCUAAAAUGGCGCAUUAAGCUUCUGUUUUUGUUUUGUUUGGGGUUUUUUGUUGUUGUUUUUUAGUUUUCAUGUGUGUGUUAACGUGAAAAUAAUGUAGAUGUGACUGCCCAGCAAGCGUUUUGGGGGUUUUUAUAGAUUUUUUUUUUAAAAAUAGCCUAUUUAUAUUCUUAAAAAAACCACAUUAACUACAUAGAGUGUAAACAAGCGUAGAGGAAUCUCUCCUUUCUAGGGAACUGAUUUCCUUGUGAAUCAAAUAUUUAAAAAAAUUAAAUUGUACGUGCUUUUGAAUGUGUCUACGAGCUCCUGGGAAGUACAGGAAGAACAAUCCAGAGCAUUUUCCCCACCAACAAAGGCGAUGAGUCAUUUACAUUUCAGAGAUUUAUUCCAUGUUAUGAAAAGUGACGUGAUUGAAUCAAAACAUGUCACUGUGCACAUUGUCACUACUUAUCACCACCAUAGUCGAUGCUGUGAGCUGUUAGAAGAGGGCAGCCUUGUUGUGUAAGCUCAAUAAGCAUGGUUGGCAGCACUUUAAAUUUUUUUAAUUUGUUCUUUAAGAUUGAUUAAAAUAUUAUUUUAAUUCUA